GUUCAAAAUCUGAUGUUGCUGUCAUAACAACUGCAAAAUUUCUAGUGUCACAAAAACGACAAAAACACCGAAUUUUUCGUAAAACCAUGGCAUCGAUUUCUAUCAUCACUCGCUUAGGAAUCAAAUUCCUUCAGCUUCCGCAACCGGGAUUCCUGGUACCGUGUCUUCAGAAUACAAUAAGUCAGCAACAGCAGGUUCGUCACCGUCGCACAAAACACUGGGACCCAAAGUGGAAAAGAUUGCGUAAAGCCAAGUUCGUGAAAAUUGACAUUCCCAACCUAAACGAACGGGCCGAAGAUCUCACCCAGGAACAGGUAAAAUCAAAACUAAAAGAACGAGGACUGCUUCCGCCGCGGCCGUGGAUGGAACGACCGUUUCAUAUCAGUUGUACCGGUGGAGUAUUUGAGCCCUACGUCCCACCAGAGGGCGACGGUAAAAUGUCUGCCAUUUCGAAGGUAGGCGCCAAGCAGAAGUUUGAACUGCUUGAGAAGAAAACCAAAUCUAUGAUGGCUGUUCGGAAGAUUCGUAACUAUGAUGAAGAUUUUGAAACCCCGGAGUUUGCGGCGCAGGCUCAAGAUAUCUACAUCAGCGCUCACAAUAUUCUGGCUGAGAAAAACAAAUAUAAACUUCGGGAAAUAGUUACCGAACGGGCAUAUCCGGAGCUGAUGCACAACAUCGCCGAUAAGACUAUCCAUUGGACAUUUUUGAAAUCGCUUGAACCGCCGCGUGUAGUUCAUGCCCGUGUCACCGAUGUGAUUACCAAAGAAAACCUGUUCGCCCAGGUCACAGUUCGAUUCCAUACACAACAGAAGCUGGCCAUCUAUGAUCGCUUUGGUCGAUUGAUGCACGGAAGCGAAACUAUUGCCAAGGAUUGCUUGGAAUACGUUGUGUUUGAGAAGCAUUUGUCCAACGAGUACGGCGUUUGGCGGCUGCACGAAAAAAUAAUACCCGAUUGGAUGCCACCUAAGUCUCCGGCCUAUAUAACGUACAGAAUGGAUGAUGAACCACCGUCAAAUAAACCAGAGGACACUAAGGAACUGGUGGCUGCUGGCGAGGAGGGUGAUAAGGUGGCAACAACAGCUGCUGCUUGAAAUUGGUCAUAUAGUGUACAGGAGUUCUUUAGACGCAAUAAAAUGUAACUAAAUAA